AUGACCUUGAGGAGCUGUGAGUACGAGCUGGAGUGGGAGAUACCACUCGCUAUGUGCCCCUUCAUACUGUGUUCCGCCGCCUGGGUCAUCAGCUCUGUGCAGUAUUGCCAGCUUUGCACAGCCUUACAGGGUGUGACAUCACCAGCAAAUAAAGGCAGCUCUCUCCAUAGCCUGCCUCCGACCAGCCAGGGUAUCCUGCCUCAUAUCCAGCGUGCAUUCUAUAAUGCCCACACCACCAUGCAUGCCUUGGAGAGCCACCUCGACCCUGAAACUGUCGAAUCACUGAAGCCUCAAGAGUAUGGCUAUGAGCACGACCAAGGUCAGCUAAUGCCUGCAACAUCGUGGAAAACCCUCGAGGUUAACUGUGUAUCAAAUACGGUCACUGACAGCGCCGGCGAUUCUGUAUCAACGGUAGGCCUCUUGCAUUCACCACUGACCACUGGAAAGCUGGAAGACAAGGUCAGAUUCCACUUGUUUCGUAUGAUGAACGACAGUGACGACUACGACUGCAAUGCGGUCCUGGGGGCCCCGGGGUCGGUAGAAGUCCCGCCCUGGUCCCCGGCCGCCAUAUACGCUUACUGCCUUAUGAUACUGGCCCUGACACUCGCAGUAAUAGCCGGCAACAGUUUGGUAAUCUUCGCAGUUGCCAAAUUCCGCAGUCUCCAGAGCCGCACAAACGCGUACAUCGUGUCUCUGGCGUUCUCAGACAUCGUCCUGGCGGUCCUGGUGUUGCCUCUGCACCUCUACGAAUCGUGGAACAGAUGGUGGGAUCUGCCCCCGUGGAUGUGCCAGGUAAGAGAUGUUCUGGAAUCGAGCAUGGUUAAUAUUUCCGUGGCCAAUCUGUGCGCUGUUGCCGUGGAGCGGUAUCUGGCCGUGUGUCACCCUUUCGCACACACAAAGGUGACCAACAGAAUCACCGCCGUCAUCAUCGCCUUGUGCUGGGUCGUUCCUCUCGCCAUGUGGACCAUCUACGAGGGCAGCGGCAGGCGCUACCUUGGUAUUGAAGACUUACGGUACUGUCUGUUCCAAGCCGGCAAAUGCGUGUUUCUUCUCAACCAGUAUGACUAUUACUUUCCUUCCGCUACCAUAUUUUGGAUCCCUAUGGCGCUUAUCUUCAUUACAUACGGGAAAAUAUUUGCCACGGCAAGGAGGCACGCUCGUGCGAUACAGGCGUUGCCACGCACCGAGGAACAAAGGAAGAAGAACAAGGAUUACCUAGGCAACACCAAGGCUGCCAAAGUCCUGGGCAUCGUGGUGGCAUGUUUCGUGGUCUGCUGGACGCCUGUCAGUCUCGCCUUUAUACUCGACACUGAGAUUGGCUACGGGCUCGUAUCGCCCGUAGUAGCUCAGGUGUUGGCGUGGCUGGGCUAUCUGAACUCGAUGAUGAAUCCCAUAUUGUACUACAUAUUCAGCCAGAAUUUCAAAAUAGCCUUCAAAACCAUCUUCGGCUUCAAGACGGCAACGAAUCAUGAGUUGGGCUAG